AUGUAAGUGGCAUUAACCCUCGCAAAUGAUCAAUUCAAUAAUGUCUUAUAUAAAUUAAGCAAAUUAAGUAAAUCUUUGGAAUAAAGUCUACAUGAAGCCAGAUAAUCUGAAAUUGAAGCUUACUUAAAUUAUAAAAGAUUUAAGGCUGAAAUAAAAAUGAAAAAAUGA